CUCGCAGACGGCAUCCACAGCGUGGCGGCUCUCUGCACCCUGCGGGUCAGCAUCAUCACAGACGACAUGCUGACCAACAGCAUCACCGUCCGCCUGGAGAACAUGUCGCAGGAGAAGUUCCUGUCGCCGCUGCUGGCCCUCUUCGUGGAAGGGGUGGCCACCGUGCUGUCCACAACCAAGGACGCCGUCUUCGUCUUCAACAUCCAGAACGACACGGACGUCCGCUCCAACAUCCUGAACGUGACCUUCUCGGCCCUGCUCCCGGGCGGCGUCCGGGACAGGUUCUUCCCGUCGGAGGACCUGCAGGAGCAGAUCUACCUGAACCGGACGCUGCUGACGGCCGUGUCCACCCAGCGCGUGCUGCCCUUCGACGACAACAUCUGCCUGCGGGAGCCCUGCGAGAACUACAUGAAGUGCGUGUCUGUGCUCAGGUUCGACAGCUCGGCCCCCUUCAUCAGCUCCCCCACCGUGCUCUUCCGGCCCAUCCACCCCGUCAACGGCCUGCGGUGCCGGUGCCCGCCCGGCUUCACCGGCGACUACUGCGAGACGGAGAUUGACCUCUGCUACUCCAGCCCCUGCGGCGCCCACGGCCGGUGCCGCAGCCGCGAGGGCGGCUACACCUGCGAGUGUCAGGACGACUUCACCGGCGAGCACUGCGAGGUGAACGUGCGCUCCGGCCGCUGCGCCAGCGGCGUGUGCAAGAACGGGGGCACCUGUGUGAACCUGCUCAUCGGCGGCUUCCACUGCGUGUGCCCCCCCGGCGAGUUCGAGAGGCCCUACUGCGAGGUGACCACCAGGAGCUUCCCACCGCAGUCCUUCGUCACCUUCCGCGGCCUGAGGCAGCGUUUCCACUUCACCGUGGCCCUCGCGUUUGCUACCCGGGAGAGGAACGCCCUGCUGCUGUAUAACGGCCGCUUCAACGAAAAGCACGACUUCAUUGCCCUGGAGAUUGUGGACGAGCAGGUGCAGCUCACCUUCUCGGCAGGUGAGACCACGACGACGGUGGCCCCGCAGGUGCCCGGGGGCGUGAGUGAUGGGCGGUGGCACUCUGUGCAGGUGCAGUAUUACAACAAGCCCAACAUCGGCCGCCUGGGCCUGCCCCAUGGACCGUCGGAAGAGAAGGUGGCUGUGGUCACCGUGGACGGCUGUGACACGGCCGUGGCUGUGCGCUUCGGCAGCCUCGUCGGCAACUACAGCUGUGCGGCCCAGGGCACUCAGAGCGGCUCCAAAAAGUCCCUGGAUCUGACGGGACCCCUGCUCCUGGGGGGCGUCCCCAACCUGCCUGAGGACUUCCCGGUGCAGAACCGGCAGUUCGUGGGCUGCAUGCGGAACCUGUCCAUCGACGGCAGGAACGUGGACAUGGCCGGCUUCAUCGCCAACAACGGCACCAGGGCAGGCUGCGCUGCUCAGAGGAACUUCUGUGACGGGACCUCGUGCCAGAACGGGGGCACCUGUGUCAGCGGCUGGAACACAUACCUCUGUGAGUGCCCGCUCCGCUUCGGCGGGAAGAACUGCGAGCAAGUCAUGCCCCACCCCCAGCGCUUCAGCGGGGAGAGCAUCGUGUCCUGGAGCGACCUGGACAUCACCAUCUCUGUGCCCUGGUACCUGGGGCUCAUGUUCCGGACCAGGAAGGAGGACGGCGUGCUGAUGGAGGCCGCGGCGGGCGUGUCCUCCAGGCUCCAUCUCCAGAUCCUGAACAACUGUGUCCAGUUUGAGGUGUCCCACGGCCCCUCGGAUGUGGUGUCCAUGCGGCUGUCCAGGUCACGCGUGACCGACGGGGAGUGGCACCACCUCCUGAUAGAACUGAAGAGCGCCAAGGAGGGCAAGGACAUCAAGUACCUGGCGGUCAUGACCUUGGACUAUGGGAUGGACCAGGACACGGUGCAGAUCGGGAACCAGCUGCCCGGCCUGAGGAUGAGAAGCAUCGUCGUGGGGGGCGUGUCGGAAGACAAGGUCUCGGUGCGUCGCGGUUUCCGGGGCUGCAUGCAGGGCGUGAGAAUGGGGGAGACGGCCACCAACACUGCCACACUCAACAUGAACGACGCCCUCAAGGUCAGGGUGAAGGACGGCUGUGACGUGGAGGACCCCUGCUCCUCCAGCCCCUGCCCUAAGCACAGCCGCUGCCACAACACCUGGGACGGCUUCGCCUGCAUCUGCGACAGAGGGUACUUCGGCAGAAAGUGUGUGGACGCGUGCCACGUGAACCCCUGCAAGCACGUGGCGGCCUGCGUGCACAGCGCCGACUCCCCGCGGGGCUACGUGUGCGAGUGCGGCUCGGGCCACUACGGGCCCUACUGCGAGAACAGGAUCGACCUUCCGUGCCCCAAAGGCUGGUGGGGGAACCCCGUGUGUGGCCCCUGCCACUGUGCUGUCAGCAAAGGCUUCGACCCAGACUGCAACAAGACCAACGGGCAGUGCCAGUGCAAGGAGAAUUACUACCGGCCCCCGGAGCAGGAUGCCUGCCUGCCGUGUGACUGCUUCCCGCACGGCUCCCACAGCCGCGCCUGUGACAUGGACACUGGCCAGUGCACCUGCAAGCCCGGCGUCAUCGGCCGCCAGUGCAACCGCUGCGACAACCCUUUUGCCGAGGUCACCGUUCUCGGCUGUGAAGUGAUCUACAACGGCUGUCCCAGAGCGUUUGAGGCUGGCAUCUGGUGGCCACAGACCAAGUUCGGGCAGCCGGCCGCAGUGCCGUGCCCCAAAGGGUCCGUGGGAAACGCCAUCCGACACUGCAGUGGGGAGAAGGGCUGGCUGCCCCCGGAGCUCUUUAACUGCACCACCGUCUCCUUCCUGGAUCUCAAAGCCAUGAACGAGAAGCUGAGCCGGAACGAGACGCAGAUGGACGCCGACCGGUCCCUGAGGCUGGCCCGGGCGCUGCGAAACGCCACGCAGCUCACGGACACGCUCUUCGGCAAUGACGUGCGGACGGCCUACCAGCUGCUGGCCCGCGUCCUGCUGCACGAGAGCGGCCAGCAGGGCUUCGAGCUGGCGGCCACGCGGGAUGCCAACUUCCACGAGGACGUCGUCCGCGCGGGCAGCGCCCUCCUGGCCCCGGACACCAGGGCCGUGUGGGAGCAGAUCCAGCGGAGCGAGGGGGGCACAGCGCAGCUGCUCAGGCGCUUCGAGGCCUAUUUCAGCAACGUGGCCCGGAACCUGCGGAGGACCUACCUGCGGCCCUUCGUCAUCGUCACCUCCAACCUGAUUCUCGCCGUCGAUGUCUUCGACAAACUGAACUUCACGGGCGCCAGGGUGCCGCGGUUCGAGGACCUUCGAGGCGAGUUCCCCAAAGACCUGGAGUCCUCCGUCUUCUUCUCGGCGGAUUUCUUCAAACCACCCGACAGGAAAGAGGGCCCCACGGUGAGGCCGGCCGGUCGCAAGACCACCCCGCAGACAGCACCCUGGCAGCCCGGCGCCGAGACGGAGGCCCUGUUCCGGAGGCGGAAGAGGCACCCUGAGGAGCCAGGCCAGUUUGCCAUCGCCCUGGUCAUGAUCUACCGGACACUGGGGCAGCUCCUGCCUGAGCACUAUGAACCCGACCGCCGCAGCCUCAGGCUGCCCAACCGGCCGGUCAUCAACACGCCAGUCGUGAGUGCGGUGGUGUACAGCGAGGGGGCGCCGCUGCCCAGCCCCCUGGAGAGGCCCGUGCGGGUGGAGCACGUCCUCCUGGAGACGGAGGAACGCACCAAGCCGGUCUGCGUGUUCUGGAACCACUCCAUCACCGUCGGUGGACCUGGAGGGUGGUCAGCCAAGGGUUGUGAGCUACUGUCCCGAAACCGGACCCAUGUCACCUGCCAGUGCAGCCACGCCACCAGCUCUGCUGUGCUCAUGGACAUCUCCCGGCGCGAGCACGGAGAGGUCCUGCCCCUGAAGAUCGUCACCUACGCCGCCGUGUCCUUGUCCCUGGCUGCCCUGCUGGUGGCGUUCAUACUCCUGGCGCUGGUGCGGACGCUGCGGUCCAACCUGCUCGGCAUCCACAAGAACCUCAUCGGCGCCCUUUUCUUCUCGCAGCUGGUCUUCGUGAUCGGCAUCGCGCAGACGGAAAACCCGUUCCUGUGCACGGUGAUCGCCAUCGUCCUGCACUACGUCUACCUGAGCACCUUCGCCUGGACCUCCGUGGAGAGCCUGCACGUCCACCGCAUGCUCACCGAGGUGCGCAACAUCGACGCGGGGCCCAUGCGCUUCUACUACGUCGUGGGCUGGGGCUUCCCCGCCAUCGUCACAGGACUGGCCGUGGGCUUGGACCCCCAGGGCUACGGGAACCCGGACUUCUGCUGGCUGUCCCUCCGAGACACCCUCAUCUGGAGCUUUGCUGGGCCCAUUGGAAUCAUCAUAGUCGUCAACACAGUCAUUUUUGUCUUGUCUGCAAAGGUUUCCUGCCAAAGGAAGCGCCAUUAUUAUGAAAGAAAACGGGUCGUCUCCCUGCUGAGAACCGCCUUCCUCCUGCUGCUGCUCAUCAGCGCCGCCUGGCUGCUGGGGCUGCUGGCCGUGAACAGCGACGGGCUGGUCUUCCACUACCUCUUCGCCGCCUUCAGCUGCUUACAGGGCCUCGGCGUCCUCUUGCUUCACUGCGUGCUCAACAGGGAGGUCCGGAAGCACCUGAAGGCCGUGCUGGCCGGGAAGAAGGCUUACCCUGACGACUCGGCCACCACCAGGGCCACCCUGCUGACGCGCUCGCUCAACUGCAACAACACCUACGGCGAGGAGCCCGACAUGUUCCGCACGGCCCUGGGCGAGUCCACCGCCUCGCUGGACAGCACGCUCAGGGACGCCGGGGGCCAGAAGCUCAGCGUGUCCUCUGGGCCGGUGCGGGGCGGCCAUGGGGAGCCAGCCUCGUCCUUUGUCCCCAGGAGUGCCAAGAAGUCCCACGGCCACGACUCGGACUCGGACAGCGAGCUGUCCUUGGACGAGCAGAGCAGCUCCUACGCGUCCUCGCACUCGUCCGACAGCGAGGACGACGGGGUGGAGGCCGAGGGCAAGUGGGACCCGGCCCGGGGCCCCGUGCACAGCACCCCCAAAGUGGACGCCGUGGCCAACCAUGUCCCAGCCGGCUGGCCCGACGGGAGCCUGGCCGGGAGUGACAGCGAGGAGCCCGGCGAGCAGCCUCGCCUGAAGGUGGAGACCAGGGUCAGUGUGGAGCUGCACCUGGACGAGCAGGGCCACCUGUGCAGCGAGCGUGUCCCGGACCGCGACAGCGGGGGCCCAAGCCCGCGGCCGCCCCGCCCAGCCAGCCCCCGAGCAGAGGAAAGGCAUCUUGAAAAACAAAGUCACCUACCCGCCGCCACUGACCGAGAAGACGCUCAAGUCCCGGCUGCGGGAGAAGCUAGCGGAGUGCGAGCAGAGCCCCGCGUCCUCGCGGUCGUCCUCGCUGGGCUCCAGCGACGGGCUCCGUGCCCCGGACAGCGCUGUCACGGUCAAGACGCCCCGCCGGGAGCCGGGGCGCGAGCAGCUCAACGGGGCGGCCAUGAACGUGCGGGCCGGGAGCGCCCAGGCCCAGGGCUCCGGCUCCGAAGGCAGUAACGAAACUUCAAUUUGACCAUCAGGAAUCCGUGAGAUCAGCCUGUCGCCCGCACCCAGGCCUCUGCUGUGACGUCAUGCUCUUGGACCUUGCAAGGAGCCUGAGGGGCCCCUGCCCUUUCAGUGAAGCAGGCCCCGGUGGCCGGGUCCCUGCUGUGACAGCCCCAAGACUAGCGAGACUGAAGGUCCAGAGGAGAAGCCCUGAGCUGCCCUGGGGGUUCAGGGCCCAUUAGACCCCAGGACAAGUGCCAAAAGGCCACAGGCACGGAGAGGCGUGGACUCCAGGCCAGCACAGCUCAAUCCUCAGGCAGCAGACAGAGCCAAGGCUUGCACUGGCCUGGCCGGGACAGGGCCCAGCACGAGAGCUGGCCUUGAGAGGAGCCACCAGGCCAUCUUGCCAGGACUCGGGGCCGGGGGCACCUCCCUGCAGCGUAGGCCCUGGGCCACCAGCUCCACAGCAGCAAAGGCCGCCCUGGUCUUAAAGCAGACCCCUUUGCUUUGUUAAAAAGGUGUAGAUACUUUUGUAUAUUUGUAUGGAACUUUGAAAAGCGAAAAGCUCUGUAUAUUUUGCAUUUGUACUGACUCUGUGGAUGCUGGGAGAUUGUGGGGUGAUCUCUCGCUAUUUUUUAUAUAAAGAAGAUUGCACGGGCGGCCCAGAGUGUGGCACUCACGCAGCUGGUGGCCCAGCCAAGCAGAGGCGGGAGGGGUGGAGGGGGUGUCUUUGGAUAGAGGUUCCUGUGCUGCUUCCAGCCUGGAGCCAGGAGCCCGUGGGCAUUGCACGUGGUCACCUGGGCACACAGCACAUCCGCUUUGGAGAUGCUUUGCGCUCAGCCUCGCAUGUGCCUGGACGGAUGGGGGUGCCUCUGGGGCGAUCUGGGACUGGAUGGGCCUUGGCCUUCGGGGUGGGAUGUGGCUGCACACUGGCCGUGACCCCCUCCCCGUCCCCUCCCCCAGCCCCACUCUGAGCCCUCGGGGCCUCCCGGGCCCCAUCUUGCCUGGUGGUUCCACAGGUGGGGAGUUCCUUUGUCCCUCUGCUCCCGUUCUCUGCAGGGCGUUCACACGUCCCCGAUUCAGACGGAGGCGUGAGGUCUUCCAGGAUGUCACAUUCCUUCCUGCCGAUUUUCUAGCUCCUAUUUAGACUCCGAGGCUCUCCAGGCAGGCGGGGCUCCCACCCCCAGCGUCUGACCAAUGACGUCGUUUUGCCUCAAAUGGCCAAUUGUGCGAAGGGACAAAGCCGCAGCCACCCUGUUCAAUGGUUACCAAGCUGUUUUUUGGAAACUCGUACCCAGGGCCGGCUGUGACUGUCCCUCUGUGGGCAGUUGGGACGGCGUGGCCUGAGGGGCUGUGGAACGGGGCCCAGAAACCUCCAGACACGUUCUAGUUCAGUGUUUCUUUUGUCCUUCCAUCGGGGGCCCGGCCUGGCUGCUCCCCAGUGUGAGACGCCGCAAGGUACGAGGAAAACCAGCUGCAAAGCAAAGAUGUCCACGCUGUGUUUCUCCGAUGAAAAUGCGAGUCUUGUUCACGGCCCGGAGGAAACGUCUCUGGUUCUGGGCUGAGGCCGCACGCGUCGCACACAAGCGAAAGGAGAACCCAAAGCCCUCGUGCCUCGAUGAGUUAGAAACGUGCCUUCGCGGGUGAGUGGCCUUUUCCAGACACACAAGCAUGGCACCCUCAGGGGUCAGCCGUGGGAGAUGUUUUCCGAGCAAACGUUUCGAGGUGGUCGUGUCGUCGUGUCUGUGAGCGCUCUGCCUUCGGGUCACCUGCACCUGGCUCUUGCCCCUUGAGGUGUGUACUUAAAGUUUUUAAUUUGGUCAGAACUGUUACCAAAAAAACAAGGGUCAGUUUUAUGAAGACAGGAAAAAUGUAAACCUAUUUUUGUGACUUAAAAAUUUUAUGAGAGCUCCGAGACACUGGAGGCUGUUGUUUUUUUUUUAACAAAUGUGUAUUUAUUAAUGUUCAGAACACUGGAAUUUUGACACAAAUGAGGAAAGAGUCUACAAUAAAUUAAGAUUUUUGAA